AUGGAUCGGAGAUUAGGUUUUGGAAGAGCAGGACGAGGAGGGCAUUUAAACAACAAGAUAUGCAAAUUUUGGCUCAGUGGUAGAUGCCUUAAAAACCCAUGUAGAUUUGCCCAUUCAGAAACACCUGAUGUGGCCACCAUUCACCGUCACAGGCAGACUCCUUACUACCCUCGCUUCAGCAACGCUUUAGUUUCAAAUACUUGGCGUAGGGCACCUAGGAAUUCACAAAAUGUUCAGGAGAAGGUUGUUAACCACAAGUCUUCCGAAAAUGUUCCUGGGAAGUCUGAAUCAGACUUGGAUGAUGUUAAAAAGAAGUCGCCAGAAAGCGUUUCUGAGAGUUCUUCAGAAUGUUUUGUUCUUGAAAAUGAUUCUAAUCUGGAGAAUGUGGUUGAAGAAAAGCCUCUGGAGCAUGUUCCUAAGAAAACCGCAGAAAGGGUUUGUGAGUUCUGGGUGCAAGGGACGUGUGUCUAUGGUGAUCAGUGCCCUUACCUACACUCAUGGUUUUGUGGGGAUAAGUUCAAAAGGUUGGCAGAGCUUCAAGGGCACAACAAGGCACUCAAUGGAAUUGCACUUCCUAUAAGAUGCAACCAGCUUUGUUCAGGUAGCAGUGAUGGAACAAUUCGGCUUUGGGACUGCCAUACUGGUCAAUGUGCUAAUGUGAUUAACAUUGGUGGUGAAGUUGGUUCUGUUUGUAGUGAAGGCCCUUGGCUCUUUGUUGGCAUGCCAAAUGUUGUGAAGGUGUGGAAUACUGAAUCAGGUGCUGAAUACAGUCUCAAUGGACCUGUUGGGCAAGUCAAUGCAUUGGAAUCUGUUUACAAUUUGCUUUUUGCUGGGGUAGAGGAUGGUGUUAUUUUGACAUGGAAAGGCACUUAUGAAACUAACAUUACAUUUCAACUUGCCGCAACCCUUGAAGGCCACACGCAUGGUAUAACAUCUUUAGUUGUUGGAGGAGGCAACAGGCUGUACUCAGGUUCCAAGGACCACACAAUAAGGGUUUGGGAUCAUGAAAAUUGGCAGUGUAUUAUGACAUUGAAUGGGCAUGAUGAUGUUGUGAAGUCUCUCAUGUGCUGGGAUAAGUAUUUGUUCUCUUGUUCAUUGGAUUGCACGAUAAAAGUUUGGGCUUCUACUGAGGAUGGCAGUUUGGAAGUAAUCUAUACUCACAGUGAAGAACACGGUAUCCUUGCACUUUCUGGGAUGAUUGAUCCGGAUGUUAAACCAAUCUUGUAUUGCUCUUGUAGCGAUAAAUCUGUCCACCUCUAUGAACUGCCAACAUUCACUGACAGGGGCAGACUGUUUGCGAAACAAGAAAUCCAGACUCUUCAAAUAGGUCCUAGGGGCCUCUUUUUUACUGGGGAUCAGACUGGUUUGCUGACAGUGUAUACAUGGCUAGCAGACUAAUGGCUGAGACGUGCCCAAGACUAGUAAAAGCAUGGUUUUUAUUAGUUAUAGCAAACAAUGUAGAGUAUUUUAAGUACAUUUUCCAAUGUACAGUAUUUUUAGUACAUUUUCCAAUGUACAGUAUUUUUAGUUUAGAAAUUCAUGUUAUUAUGAACAUUGGGGAUUAAACAAUGUAGUGUUAUUAUUACAUAAUGAAAAUAAAUAGCUAUAUACCCUAAGGCAAGGGUGAGGUUUUUCCAUCUUGAA